GGUGGAUGCGGGGGGCUCCUGGGAACUGGGUUGGAGCUGAACGAGCGCUAGCCAGGCGUAAGCGCGCACACACUGCAGCCGCCCGAGGACAACCCCCUCCCGCCGCCGCCCCCUCAGCCCACCCGGAGACCCCAGAGCCGAGUCGCCUCCGGAUCCCCGGCAGUCUGCGGGAGUGUUGGAGGUUGGCGCGACUCUGUGCUCCCCACGGGAAGGAAGCACUCCCCCACAUUAAAAAGAGCGGAGAGGAAAGUGGUCAGUCACCGCCCGGGAGGCGAACAGAUGCCCAGCUGCACCGCGUCCACCAUGCCGGGGAUGAUCUGCAAGAACCCAGACCUCGAGUUUGACUCACUGCAGCCCUGCUUCUAUCCGGACGAAGAUGACUUCUACUUCGGCGGUCCCGAUUCGACCCCACCGGGGGAGGACAUCUGGAAGAAGUUUGAGCUGCUGCCCACGCCCCCGUUGUCGCCCAGCCGCGCCUUCCCAGAGCACAGCCCGGAGCCCUCGAAUUGGGCUACGGAGAUGCUGCUGCCGGAGGCCGAUCUGUGGGGCAACCCAGCAGAAGAGGAUGCAUUCGGUCUGGGGGGACUGAGUAGUCUCACCCCUAACCCGGUCAUCCUUCAGGACUGUAUGUGGAGCGGCUUUUCCGCCCGCGAGAAGCUGGAGCGUGCGGUGAACGAGAAGCUGCAGCACGGCCACGGGCCCCCGGGCGCCGGCACAGCCUGCCCGGCUCCGGGAGUGAGUGCCAGCAGCCCCGGGGGCCGUGCCCUUAAUGGGACGGCGAGUGCUGGCCGCACCGGGGCCACCCUGCCCACCGAUCUCUCCCACCCGGCUGCGGAGUGCGUGGACCCCGCCGUGGUCUUCCCCUUCCCAGUGAACAAGCGUGAGCCGGCACCAGUGUCCGCUGCCCCCAUCAGUGCCCCUGCGACCAGCGCUGUGGUCACUACUGUGUCUGCUCCGGCUGCUGCCCCGGUGGCCGCUCCUGCUCGUGCAGGCGGCCGUCCAGCCAACAGUGGCGAGCAUAAGGCCCUCAGUACCUCCGGAGAGGACACCUUGAGCGACUCAGAUGAUGAAGAUGACGACGAGGAAGAUGAAGAGGAGGAAAUAGAUGUGGUCACCGUGGAGAAGAGACGCUCCUCCUCUAAUAACAAGGCUGUCACCACCUUCACCAUUACUGUGCGUCCCAAGACCUCAGCUCUGGGUGUGGGGCGAGCACAGGCUGGCGAGCUGAUCCUCAAGCGCUGUGUUCCCAUCCACCAGCAGCACAAUUACGCAGCGCCCUCACCCUAUGUUGAGAGCGAGGACGCACCACCGCAGAAGAAACUCAAGAGCGAGGCUUCUCCACGCCCCCUCAAGAAUGUUGUCCCGGCGAAAGCUAAGAACUUGAGCCCCCGAAACUCGGACUCGGAGGACAGCGAGCGACGCCGCAACCACAACAUCCUGGAGCGCCAGCGCCGCAACGACCUGCGCUCCAGCUUCCUGACGCUCAGGGACCAUGUGCCUGAGCUGGUGAAGAACGAGAAGGCUGCCAAGGUGGUCAUCUUGAAAAAAGCCACCGAGUACGUCCAUGCCCUGCAGGCCAACGAGCACCAGCUCCUGCUGGAAAAGGAGAAACUGCAGGCCAGGCAGCAGCAGCUGCUAAAGAAGAUCGAACAUGCUCGGACUUGCUAAACGCUUCUCACACGGACAGUCACUGCCAC